AAGUGUCUGAAUAAUAACACAAAAACAAAGGACCCUUCUUUACUUUCUUCUGAACGCAGAUGUGGCUAGCCAUCACCAGUUCCACAUUGCUUCUCUCACUUGAAUGGACCCCACUUUUGGAAAAUCUUGAACUCAUCUCCUUCUCAUUCAUACCCCCUUGCCCCUCUCGACCUAAUCCCUUUCCGCAUGGCGACAAAUUCCCACAACCAUAAAAUGCCUUCCCUUCUCCACACCCCAAAAAUUUCAAUCCUCUCUUUUCCUUUUCUAUGCCUUUGGAUUCAACCCCUAGUUGGGCCUUUGCGUCUUCAUGUUCAUCCCCACCAAACCCCUUCAACAUUUAGCCACCCAAAGCAAAUCAAUCAAACACAUGGGAACCCCUCAAUCCAAUUUGCCACCAGGUUUUAGGUUCCACCCCACCGAUGAAGAGCUCAUUCUUCACUACCUUAGGAAAAAGGUUGCAUCCUUGCCCUUACCCGUUUCCAUUAUUGCUGAGGUUGAUAUCUACAAGUUAGAUCCAUGGGAUUUGCCAGCUAAGGCUACGUUUGGGGAGAAAGAAUGGUACUUUUUCAGUCCUCGAGACCGCAAGUACCCAAAUGGUGCAAGGCCAAACAGGGCUGCUGCUUCAGGGUAUUGGAAGGCCACUGGCACGGAUAAGACCAUAGUGACAUCAUUGAUUGGAGGAGGAGCCCAAGAGAACAUUGGUGUGAAGAAGGCUUUGGUAUUCUACAAAGGAAGACCCCCAAAGGGUAUCAAGACCAAUUGGAUCAUGCAUGAAUAUCGCCUUGUAGACAACAACAAACCCAUUAAGCUCAAAGACUCAUCUAUGAGGUUGGAUGAUUGGGUACUGUGCCGGAUUUACAAAAAGUCCAAAUAUUCUGUAUCAUCUACAGAGACACCAACAGGGGUGGGUGAGGUAGAUCAAGCUGAGGAACACUUAUUUAAAGAUACCCUUUUGCCAAUUUCAAAAUCUCCAACCAUUUCUCAGAACAACACAUUGAUAUCUCAGAAAUCUGUGUCCUUUUCCAACUUGUUGGAUGCCAUGGACUACUCCGUUCUGAGCAGUUUCUUAUCUGAGAACCAUUCAAACCCACCAGGGAUUGGAACAAGUGCUGGCUUCAAUAGUGGGAAUUUGGAUCACCAAUCUUCCCCCAUCAACAACUAUACCAAUAGUUACAUGUUUCAGAAGAACCCACAAUCGAACCCUUCAGUCCCCAGCUUGGAGAAUAUCAGGCCAAAGCGCCAAUUUUCAAACAUAGAUGAAGACACUUUGUACCCAUCAAAAAAAUACCUUAGUUCCUCUUGCAACUUCCCUAGCAUCAACGCUCAAUAUGAUAACCCCCAAUGGAACUACCACAUGAAGCAGUUACUUCUCGGUCCUCAUCUUCAAUUUCAGGGAUAAUCAGAAAACACAUAAAAAAAAUAUUAAGUCAGACAAAAAAAUUGAAAAUAGAAAAAAUUAUUUAGUAAAAUAUCCAGAAGUUGAUGGGCCCACCAAAGAACCCCACCAAUUUGAUCAUUACGUAAGGAUUAGUACAUAGAAAUUAUAGUUUUUUUUUAUCCCUCUUUAAUUAAUUUGUGCUAGAAAAUGAAGAAUAGUGAGAUUACGUUGGAAGGAGGAAGGAAUUGUUUGGUAGGGAGUCAAAAGAAAGAUUCCACCAUUCACGAGUCAAGAAACUGUCAAAGCAAAAUAUCCAAGUUUUAUGAAUUAGAAAGAAAAUUCGUGUACAAAAUGUUAAUUUGUACGUGUUGGGGUUGGCAGGUUAGCUUUAUAAUAUACUUUGUAGAUAAGGUAUUGUAGUGAUUGUGAUGAUAUUUUUCAUUCUUUUCCCGGAAAGGGUUCCUAGUUACAAAUUUUCUUUUCGUUUGUAUCGCCACCAUUUGCCAUUUCAUUGCGUUCAAAA